GCCUUGAAUGUGCUUAAUCGAUAACACACCUCCGGCUUUCCAAGCUCCUCUCGACUUUUGAAUCAGCAACGAAACAUGACGCGAAGAUUCCGUCAAGUCGACGCGGAUCAUGGCCCUUAAGGGAAGAGAUGUCGCUUUGGCUGGCAUCGCCUGCUUCAUUGCCUGGGGAUAUGCCGUGAGCUGGGUCCCAACGUUGCGAUGGGCGGGCCACGCCUUCGUUGCCGGCGUGCUUGUAGCCGUGCUCAGUUUACUGCUACUCAUACUCCUAACCUCCCGCGGUUCUGAAUAUAGACUCAAGAACAGGUCGUCUCGUCCUCAUGCCGUUAGUUUCGUUGGACCGGUGGCGUGGAGGAGGGAAACAUCGUCACUCCGUGUCCGACAGAUCUACGAGAAGGCCCCUUUGUACCCCGACUCCCGCAAGAUCUCGCAUGCCCUCGACGACCUGCUCAAUUUGAUCGUGCGGGACUUUGUCUCGUCAUGGUACUCCAGCAUCAGUCAAAACCCGGUGUUCUCGAACGAAGUGGACAAGACUGCCAGGCUUGCGCUUGCCAACAUCCGAGACCGCCUGUUCGAGACCGAUCUAGUCGAAGUCGUCACGAGUCGCAUAGUCCCAAUCCUUACGGCACACUUUCGGGACUUCAACGAUGCCGAAAGAGCAGUGCGUGGGCGCAAGUUGAAUCGUAGCGUUACCGAGUCGGAAGAGCUGGAUAUCGCCAUCGCAGGGAAGUACAGGGAAGGCAAGCUGCACCCGGCUGCAUCCCUGGCUUAUUCGGAUACCAAAAUGAUCCAACAGGAGCACCUGCGGAAGAUGAUUGCUGGAAUAUUACCCAAAGUGCUUCCUGCCAAUGUGCUGAACAGCCGGACCGUGUCAAGCAUUAUGCGGGAGAUAGUUGCUUGUGCUGUCUUCUUCCCUGUCAUGACGAUACUCGCAGAGCCCGAUACAUGGAAUCAGAUAAUGGAGAAUUAUGGGCGGAGCAUGCUACAGGAUCGCUCAACGGUACGCAAGUUACGUGCUGCCUUGGAUGCACACGCAUCUCCAACACCCAGAUCUUCCAAGAUGGCUUCAUUCCCACGGCUCCUUCCAGGCGACAGUGAGCGAAGGUUUGAGAAGUUCAUUAGGACCAUCCGCAAGGUCAACAAUCUUUCGGACGCACGUCGGUUCAGAAGUGAGGUUGCCAGUCAGCUCAAAAAGGAGAUGGAGCAGGAGGGGCAGGACCAAGUCUACUUGCGACGUUUGGACAUGGGUAAAAGACUCUUGGACCAAAGAGUGCAGCAUCUGGCGGCUGGAAGGGACAGGCGGCAUGUCCCGAUGUUGGCAAACCCGGACUCAGCUGCAAGCACUUCGAAGCUUGCAAACGCCCCCCUCGCUGAAUUGCUGCGUGAUACGUUCGGCCUGUCUUAUUUCAUGGAAUACAUGGACCGGCAACACCUGAUGCCGCUGGUGCAGUUCUGGCUAGUCGUGGAGGGCUUCCGAAACCCACUAGAGGAUGACGGGGCCGAGGAUGAACAAUUGCCCUCGACUCUGGCGCCGUGGACCGAAGCCGAUCGAACAGAUCUUGCGCAGAUAGAUCAAGCAUACCUAUCGAAGCCCGAGCUUAGAGUACCCGAGUCGUCAAGAAUGGUCAUACGAAAAUUCUUGGAAGCGGGUAAACGUGGAACGCCCGAGCAAUAUUAUAGGGCUCGCCGCGCGGUUCUGAGAGCGCAAAGUGCCGCGCUCGAGGAGAUGCAAUCCAAGUACUUUCAGACAUUCAAGAAGUCCGACCUUUGGUACAAGUGCCUUGCCUCGGAGGAGGCAUCCAAAAAGAUCUCCCAGCCGUCCAUGUCUCAAUCUCAAGCGGGUCCAUCUUCGCCGCAGCCGCCUCUUCGUACAACGCAGUCUUACCAGCUGCAGCCUGCGCCAACUCCCGUGGCAAGGCUCAAUCCGAGGCUCAAUGCAGCUCAUGCUCGCCGUGGACUUUCGACGAGUGAUUUGAGGGCAGGCGCUACUAAUGGUAGCCAUAGUCCUGAUCUGCUGGCAGGCCGCCGCUCGCUGGACGAACCUGCGCCCUUACCUUUGUUCGAUGAUGAUGAUUUGGACAACGAUCCUAUGGGGGAUUAUGUGCAAAGUCUUGAACAGGACCUGACGAACCCGGCACCUGAUAAUCAGAUAGUCCAGGCUAUGGAAGAGGCACUGAACAAUAUCAUGGAGGACGACCGCCCAAAGACAGCGGAAGAAUACCGAGAAUCUUUGUUUGGAUAUGAUGACGGUGCCUCGAGCAUCUUCUCCGGCCAGGGCAAUGAGUCGGGUAGAGGCUCGAUCGACCAACAACAGCCGCUGUUCAGUGGUAACGGUAAAGAAAUUGACAAACCCAGCAUAUCAUCCCUUGGAUUGGUCAGCGUCGCUUCUCGAAUUGGCGUUUUCGAAGAUAAUGACCUCUUUGGGGAUGAAGAAAAGUUCCUAUCAGAUGAGCAGGAGGACCUGGACGACGAUGAGCCCGGAAAUAUCGAAGACGAGGUACAUGAAGCUGCACCGGGUGAUCUUGGGCUUGCAGAAGCCAUCACUGUGUUGACGAAUGACAUCGAUCGUCUCGUUACUCAGGAAGCUGUUAUAGAUUCCCUGACCAAGAAGGCCGAGUUAACGAAUAAUACCGCCGAGUUGCGCAUUCUACGGAAGUCUAGAGCGAGUCUGCAGAGAGAACUACGACGGAAGGAACUGCAAAGACAGCAGUACGUUAUACAGGAGAGCGACAACAGUCUCUACGGGCGCGCCUCAAUCAGGAUUAAAUCGAUUCAAGUCGGGCGAGAAGACGAAGGGAAAGAAUUUGCACUGUACGUCAUUGAGGUGCAGAGAGUCGCAGGAGAAAAGAUGCCGGCCGCCACAUGGGUUGUCACAAGAAGAUACAGCGAGUUCCACGAGCUCCACCAAACGCUACGACAAAGGUACCCGUCCGUAAGGAACCUUGACUUCCCACGUCGAAGGAUGGUGAUGAAACUACAAAGCGAAUUUCUGCGGAAACGACAGCAAGCUCUCGAGCAGUAUUUGCGGGAACUCUUACGUCUCCCCGAAGUCUGUCGGAGCAGGGAUUUGCGCGCUUUCCUCUCCCAAAGCGUCAUCCAGAAGGGAGAAGAUCUGGUCAGUCGUGAAGACAAGAAAGAUAUGAUCACUCGUCUGUACGACUCCGUCACCGAUGGCAUGGAAGAUAUCCUGGGUAACAUCCCUGUCUUGGACCAGCUGUCGGUUGCCGGGCAGAACCUGAUAGCCGCGGCCACAAGCCAACUAAGCACCAUGCCAUUGAACGUCAACGAGGACGCGAUGACGGCGGCGGAAGCCGAGGCGGAGCUCAACGCCUUCGAGAACAAGGAACUGGAGCCCUUCAUCAAACCCAUCUGCGACAUCUUUCUGGAAAUCUUCGAGCUGAACCGGGGAAACAACUGGCUGCGUGGUCGGGCUGUAGUUGUCAUACUGCAUCAGCUGCUGGGCGGCACCAUCGAGCGUAAAGUGAGGGAUAACGUCAAGGUCCUGAUUCAAGAGGACGCAAUCCUCAAAUACAUCGGGCUCUUGAGAGAUACCAUGUGGCCUGGAGGCCAGCUCAAUCGAAACAAGCUACCGAGAACCGCCUCGGAAAAGGCAAGGACGAGACGUGAGGCGAGCUUAAUGCUCGCCACCUUGGUGCCUGACUUAGCGGGGAGUGUGGUUGGGAGGCUCAAUGCGCAGGCGGCGAGUCGAAGGAUAUUCGCGACACUGAAUAAUACGAGACUAAAUACGCAUUUGACGUUCACAAUUCUGGACGAGUUGGUGGAUGUGCUCUUCAACUGACGUUGGAACUGUGCGACGUCCGACUCGACGGUUCGUGAUUCGCGCAAAAAGGCGGUCAAUGGCGCUUGUGUGUUGCUUCCCUUAUUUUACUUUACUGUUCUCUACAGCAUAGCAUGGCGUUGGGACUAUGUCGACGUACCUCCAGAGGCCCGAGAUGGCAGAUGGAAGGAACUGUGAACAGCGCGCAUUGGUGUGACUGGAAACGUACUGCAUCGUUGGAUGGCGUUGUGCUUCAGGGCAGACUUGAAGCAGAAGAAGAUACCUCGGCAUUUGUAACCUAGUAUAAUUACUCGGGUGGUUAGGAAUUGAAACGGCUCAAACUGCUGAUUGUUGCCUACAAUAAAACUUGUCAGGGGUUGCGGCAUCCUUCACUUGGUGAGCAUUGAGAUUCGACCUUGCAACGCUUC